CUCUCAGGCUUAAGGAGGAAGAGAGCUGGCCGUUUCUGUGGAUUACAGGAGCGUCAGUAAGCUGGGAGGUGGACUGGAAGGAGUUUUGGCUCAUCUUUCUCUUUCCUUUCAAUCUGUCUUUCCGCAUCUUGCAGCUCUUGCUGUGUCUGUCACUCUUCCUACUGCAUGCCGUAUCAUCUGAGAGCAUUCAGAGGAGAUGUGUGGGGUGUUAGCUGUUAGCAGCACUGGGUACUGAGAGAGAGAGACAGAGGAGAAGAGGGGAGAAUGCCGGCCCCCCUCAGGAUGAGGAGGGGGGCCUGCAGGUCGGCUAUCCCGUCUCUCUCCACCAUCGCUGAGGAAGAGGAGGGACAGCGCAGUCGCAAGAGACGCAGGAAAGGAGGAGGCUCUGACUACCUUCUCAGAGCAGAUGAGAAGUCGUCAUGGAGUCGACCGGACUCGUCUGCCUCUGGACAGUACACCUACACCGUUCCCAGCCCUACAGAGAUACACAUCGUUACCAGACCAGAGCCUCUCAUGCAGAAGAUCGAUGAAAGGCAGAGACUCGCCCGUGAACGGAGGGAGGAGCUGGAGAAGCAGAAUGCUGCACGGGGCUCCAAGUGGUUGGAGAGAGAGGAGAGAGCCCGACAGUUUCAUGAGAGACAGCUGGAGGAGCGCAAGAAGAGGCUGGAGGAGCAGCGAGUGAAGGAGGAGAGGAGACGAGCUGCUGUGGAGGAGAAACGACGGCAGAAACUGGAGGAGGAGAAGGCGCGGUAUGAGGCUGUUAUCAGGAGGACCAUGGAGAGGAGUCAGAGAGCCAGGCCGAAGUCGAACCGCUGGAGCUGGGGAGGAACGCUUUCUGCUAGCACCUCUCACAACAGCGAUGCUGAAAGACGGUCAGUCUCCACUAUGAAUCUGUCCAAACACAUGGAUACAGUCAUUUCUAAACGCCUGUCAUCUUCCUCAGCCACCUUGCUGAAUUCACAAGAUAGAGCCUUACAGAAGCAGACAUCUCUCUCGUCAUCUUGCUUGAUUAAAAAAACGCUAUCUAAAUCCCAAAUAUCCAGAGAGAAGAUCCCUCAGGACAAACCAGCAGGUACGCGUCGCUUGCCUCUUACCCCAUGGGAGAAUACAGUGGUCAGUCGACUACAGACACCAACACACUCCUACCUGGCCAGGAGUCGUAGCGCCAUGUCUUUGUCUGGAGAAGCAGUGACCCCCGUUUGUCCUCGCUCAGCCUCCUGUCACCCAAUGAGCUCCAUGUCCUUCAAGUCCAUCCAGUCACGCAGCGCCGAGCGACCAAUCAAAGCAGGCCCUAAUUUUGAGAGACCAAUCAAAGCAGGGUUCAUCCCUCCGGACAGCAGCGCUCGCAGAAAGACCACCCAGAAUAUCCUGAUUGACAGGAAGGAUAAGGACUAUGUGAGGAAGUCAUGGAGUAACCUGUCAUAUCCCACUCCCAGUCUGAGCCUGUUCACGCCCAAGAGAUCUCCUUCACCUGUCAGUCAUCGCAGCAGGACCACCAAUCCAUCCCCCAACAGGGGCUCUACUGCUAAACCCACUCAGAAGACGCCUAACCCCAAAAAGUCCAGGUCUCCACCUCCCCCAGCAUCAAUACCGCUGUCUCCCAGUAACCCGUCCUUAUUGCCAGGCAAUCUCAGGCCCAACAGAGUGACAUCAGAGAGCCUGAAAGUUACCCCAGAAAGAGAGGGGGGCAAAAAAGAGGAUGUUGAACCUCCUAAAAUUGAACCAGAGGCUCCUGCAACUAAACCAGAGCCGUCUGCUGAAGCUUCUGGAAGUUCUCCAACAGCACGGCCCUCCGCAGGCACAACAGAUCCUGAGGAGGCAUCUCGUCUGCUGGCUGAGAAACGACGGCAGGCCAGAGAACAGAGAGAAAGAGAAGAGGAGGAGAAGAGACAGCAGGAAGAGGCUGAAAGGCGCAGCAGGGAGGAGAUGGCCCGGAGGAAAGCAGAGGAGCGAGCGAAGAGAGAGGAGGAGGCACAGCGGCAGGCAGAAGAGAAGAAGAGACAAGAGGAGGAGGAGAAGCGAUUAGAGGAGGAGAGAGCACAGAGGGAGAGGGAGGAAGCUGAACGCCUGCAGAGACAGAAAGAAGAAGAAGAGGCUCGCCAGAAAGAAGAGGCAGAGCGUUUGCGUCUGGAGAGAGAGAAACACUUCCAGAAAGAGGAGGCUGAGAGAAUGGAGAGGAAGAAGCGCCUUGAGGAAAUUAUGAAACGCACACGCCGAUCUGAUCAGAAAACCACCCCACAGAGAAAUGGCGACGUCAGCCAGCAGAGUGGACAGGAUUCAGCAAUUUCAAUAUCCAGCAGUCCCUCAGUGAGUGUGUCGGCCCCUCAGGCUCUGGAGACAUCCGAGACCGUACGCAGUGACAGUAACGGACACUCGGACCCCAGCUUCAUUACACCCAUACUGCCCACAUCGGGUCACAGCGUGUCUGCCCAACUUAGAGAAAAUGGCGCAGUCCCAGAAGCCUUCGAGGAGGUCAUAGAGGUUCCAAUGGCGAACAAACUGUCCCGUCAAGAUGGAGAUGGAGAGGAAAUGGAAAAUGAGGAGGAGGAGAAGAGGAAGAUUCCCCUGUUGGCUUUCAGAGAGAACGGCAGCACACAUGACGUGAGUGAACUGGAGGAGAACCCAGCACAGUAGAGUUCAGAUGUAUGAACAUUUAUAAUUGUGGAAGUGCAACUUGCAACACAGGAAGUAGAGUCAGAGGGAGACCCCUCAUUGUACUUCCCUUCCUCUGACACUUAGACACCUAAAAUAGCAAAAUGUGUCCUCAUAGCUGACACCGAUCUCUUGGAUUCUCCUUCCUGUCUCCCCAAACUGAAGUGGUAAGCUCCAGGAAACCACAUCUUCCGUCAUGUGGGGAGUCGUGGUGACUUUGAAGGCACAUCUAAUACUUGAAGAAAAGUGUCGUCGCUGUCGUGGAAGCUCCUGUGAAGUGCUAACAUAAGGAAUGUGUGACGAGAAUGAUGUUUGUUGUUUGUGUAGAUUUAUGGCAAAACCUCGUAGUUUUGCACUCGUUAUGCCAGCAAUUGAGUGGCUGAACUCUCUGCUUAGUUUUAUAAUUAAUGUUCAAAUGAAGAGAACAUAUUUUCUGCCCUCUUUGUAAAGCUUGAACAGAUUUUUGCCUCUUGAAUUACGUCUUAUUCCACUCCAAGUCCUCUGCGCAGUCUGAGCGAAGCAAAGCUUUCAUCCUAAAUUGUUUUUUUUCCUAAGAUAAUUGGGUGAUUUGAAUCUCAUGCAACUUAUCAGGAACAUAUUCAAUGUCAUAUUUAACUCAAAAUUAAAUGAAGUCAUUUUUUCAUAUUUACGUUAAAAUUAAGCAAAUCCUCACAAUUUCUCAUUAUAGUAUCUGUGGCAAAAAUAUUAUGUAAAUUGUGAAGUAUUUAUACAUCAUUGUAACAAUUGUUCUACUGCCUUUAAUUAAUGCUGAUUUAAAUAAUAAAAAAAAAUGUAUUACUUUUUUCCCCA